GACUUGGUGUUGUUAGUGGGGCGCCGCAGCGGUCAGUAACCGUCCUCCUGCACCUCUGGUCUCCCCAAUAUGAGGCUGAUUGAUCGUUAACAGUAUUGCCUCACCUUUCCUUCACAUUUGCCCCAAGAUGGCUGGGCUGAUAAAAAAUCAGAUACUUAAGCAUUUAUCAAAGAGGAAAAUAGUGGUUAAAAUUCUACUGGACAAUGGUGAGAUGUUGGGACACAACUAUCAUCAUUUUGUCGUCAAUUACUUCAUCCUUGGACUCUACAAUCACUUGCCCAAGCUCAUCGAAGUCUGAAAAGUCCCUUCUCUCAACUCUUUUCUUCCACCCUGAAAUUUUCAAUCUGAAUGCCUCAAUUUUGUCAUUGGAAGUGAACACAUCUUGACCUGGCCCUUGAAGGGAGAGGUUCAACACAUUGAGCUUGGUGAAUAUAUCACACAAAUUUGCGAAAAAUGUGUCAUCAGACAGCGUAAAUGUUAGCACACUGAAGGGAGAAGGAGAGCUCACAAACUUGGAACUUAAUGAAACUGUGCUCACAGAUCUACUUGAACUUCCAACAUGGCUACGGAUAACACGGGCAUCAGUAAACAGAGUAAAUCUGAAGAUACAGUGGACAAAGCUCAAAAGUGUACCAAUUGUGGUGAGCCUGGAUGAAGUACAAGUUGAAAUGGAAACAUGUACAGAACUGCGAUCUCAAGGUGGCCAAUCUGUCCUCCCAUCAUAUAGCACGGGCGGAAGCUAUGGCUACUCUGAUAAGGUCAUUGAUGGCAUGACUGUCACCGUCAAUGCAAUGCUUAUCACUUUUCGUAGUCAUGCCUUUCAGGCUUCUUUUCAGCUUUCUCGUAUUGUACUGGAUUCCAAAAACCCAUUCUGGCAGAAGGCAGACCUGCGCACCACACGAAUGAAGGAUGUGGACCGGGGAGAACUUCUUAUCUUCAAAGAGCUGUCGUGGCAAACAUUACGGGUGGAAGCUCGGUCAACGCGAGAUCAGGCGCUCACCCCUCUGAGACUCAUAACUAAUCAAGCGCGCUGCAGAAUUACCAUCAAGAAGAAAUUGGCAGACUCUUCAGUAGUUGGGUGCCGCCUUGUGUUGCUCAUGGAUGACCUCUUGUGGGUGUUGACGGACUCACAACUCACAGCAGCUUUCCACUUUCUUGACUCUCUCUCUGGUCUGGUUCGCCAGGCAACUCAACAGUCACAGAAGACAAAAGCUAUAAGGAAGCUAGAGUCUCUUCCAGAGUUUCAGGCUCAGCAGGCACAGCAAGUUCGAGGUAGUUCUGGACAGCAACGGGGAGCCAAUGUAGGAAGCAGCGGAGGUCGUCCGCUACCGCCCCAGUCCAACAUUGCUAAGGCCUUUAACAAGUAUGAUGUGCCAGAGACUUCCUAUCACUUUUAUUCGGAGAGGAUCGACUUGCAUUUCUGUGAUGACCCAGGACUGGGACGGUCAAGCCACCCAGACUUGUCAUCAGGGGCAGCUCUUCAGGUUGCCAUCUGUCAGCUGGAGAUGGACUUCUAUCCCUACCAUUUGGCAACCGGAGACAGAGGACAUUGGAUCAAAUACUGUGCAGACUGUGGACCAGCAUUAUGGGCUCAGGAAUCCAUAGUGCAGUUUAAAACACUGCUUACGGACACCCUGAACUCAAGCCGGUCCUCUCACACCCCUCUUGCCCGUGCACCUCCACACACUCGUCAUGGUCCUUCACAUCAGACCCCAGGAGGUCGAACAGGUCAUGGGCCCGGUGAAGGUGGUGGUGCAACCCAGGGCAGCCCUCUUAAGGUUAUGAUUGCCGCACAACUUCGAAAGCUCAUGUCAUCUUGUUGCGUGCUUCGUGUCAGCGAUUUUUGUGUUUACAGAGUGUCAACCACUAAGCGAAAACAGACUCCAAAAGAAUUCAUCUCAGCUGGACACAACAAAAGGCUACGGAAGAAGACAGGGGACAAAGAUCGUUUCAAACUACCGACACAGAUGUCCAGCCUCCACCUGGAAUUUACCUCCUAUUACUUCCCGGCAGACUCUGAAUUUCCAGUGCCACCUCCAAAGUUAUUCCUGCAGCUGAACCCAGUACAGGUAACUUUUGACCCACUCUCCAUCCUCUGGCUCAACUCCUUUGCCCAAAGCCUCCAACGUGCCAUUGUUACCGAGCCAUCGCCCAGUUCUUACCUCGACGUAUACUUAGAGGCCAUCAUGCCCAGAGUAAUCAUUGAUGGAGUGGGUGAACACAGUAACCAGCGAGACCGUCCACAUGCUAUGCACAUUCAGGCGUCGCGACUCAACCUCUCCAAUGUGCGACCAGCCGACCCAACUAUCCCAGGGUCCCUUGCAUCUCUGGUCACUAGUCUUGAUGCAGCCCAGCAGGGAGAACUCUUCUUUGCCUCAACGUUUCCUGCUUCAUCAACAGACUUCCAGCCUAUAUGUCAUAAGUUUGUCAAGCAUGCAAUGGCUGAAGACAAUGUAAGAGACCCUCCCAUAGUAGAGAGCUCAUUAUAUGAAGCCAUCUCCAGCAUGAAGCAUGAUGCCCUCUGGCUGCAGGCAAGAGACAUACUCUUUGUGCACUGUGAACCUCUCUGGGUGGAGUUCUUUGGGGUGCCAGCAGCAAGAAGCAGACCCGUUCCUUUUGUAGAUGCCUUUCCCUUAUCCCUCUGGAUCUACAUCAAGCCCAAAUCUAGUCUAUCUGUUGCCACUAAAGAGUCAAGUGUGGGGUUGUGUGAAGAAAAAGACCCAAGACCCCAUAGGCAUCUGUUAAGAAACUUUUAUGAUGAGGACUCCAAUAAAGGUUGCAAUAGCUGUAGUGGGGAAGCUAAAAAGGACCCUGGCAGUGUUCCCGGGGACAGAGGGGAGGGUUGCCGGCCAGAAGCAGCCAUACACAUACUCGCUUACACACCAAGUCUAGUCAGUGCCCAACUUAAUCAUUAUCAGUACCUGUUCCUUAUGCGACAAUUAGAUGUUAUUACAGAACUCACAUCUUACCUUACUUUCGAUACAAUCAACAUCCUGACUCACCCCAACAUGGCAGGAGUAGCCUUAGCUCAGGAGAACCUGGGGGACACUUUAGUGGUGUCUGCCGUGGUGCCUCAGGUGGAUGUAUCAUUAGUGAUGCCACCACCACAUCCCAGUAAAGACUUCACAGCUGGGGACAUGGAGAGUUUCCUUCCUGAUUCGUCGUCCACGGCAGAUCUCCACGAUCUAGGAUCGCCUAGUUGUGAAGUCAGAAACUCUGCCUCAGAACACAGUAUAGUCCAGAGGGCAAGUGAAACAGAUGCCUGCUCCAUUACCAGUGACAUCACUAAGUCCUACAGUGUUGAUCAGCUUACUUCUCCACAACCUGUGCCAGUGUCUACCUCCAUAACCAGGCAGCCAGCAAACACUGCCAAUGGCAACAUAAGCCAGCCCCCAGUCAGUCAACAUUCUCCAGUCAACACAGGUAAGCAACAAUCACCAUCAACUGCUGUAAAACAUGCCGCUAGCAGACAACUGUCAAGUAGCUUGACCAACUUGCCGCGUAGUUUACGAAGCUGCCAACUUACCGACAAUCAAAUUUCGUUCAACAACGGCCCGGUGAUGCAAUUAAAUCUCCAGGAUAAUCUUAAUGCAGGCUUAACUUCCAUGCGUAAAGGCCUUACUAGUGGUUUUACAAGUAUUAUGUCCACCCUUGAGUCUGCAGUGAAAACUAGUCCAGAAGACAUGAGUGACACUCUUUCAGUUCGUAGUGACCUGAGUUCUGACAGCGACAACUUCAUCUUGGUCAACAUAGACCCAGAGCGCUCAGACAGUGGUCUAGGGGGAAUGGAUGCUCUGUUUCGUGUGGAACACAAGCCACCUCCAUCUUCUGUAGAACUUGCCUCAGAGGUGUUUGAAGAACCAACUCCCAGUGAAAUAUCUGAUGUGACCAGCUCCUUCAGAAGGAAAGAUGCAAUAUCAGUAGUAACGUUCAAAAUGAGUCGGAUGCAGGUGGUGCAGGAGUCCCGCGGCUACGAGUCCACCGUCAAAGUCCAGUGCUGCCACUUGAUGUGUGAGGAGUGUACCACCAUGGGCUACGAUGAAUUCCAGAAACGUCCAGGUUGCAAUGAUGGUCGUAAGACGAAGUUCAGUAGUCGGUGUAGAGGUUGGUCAGAUUCUGUAGCUGCUACAGAACCUUGUUGUCUCAAGCUCCGUCUGGACACACACGUUGAACCAACUUCCCCUGGUGCUGAAGACCUUCGGGGCAUCUCUGGGGCCCCUCUCCCAGUGCUGAUAAGACCUUUCCUCAGAGGCCAUGUGGCUGAUCUUAAUCUGUCAUUUCUGAUGAGCACUGUAACGGGCCUGAUUGACCUUAUAGAGGAUGAGAUCGUGCCGCAGCCACUUCCUAUGGAGGUACUGGUGGAGCGUAUACGGCUACAAUUGACAGAAGACAGAGUACCGGCUAACAUCACAUCUCCCGGCUCGGUCCCCACCCAAGUGUGGCUCCCAAAGCUUAUAGUAAAGCGAGACACUGAUGGUGUCUUUACUUUGCUUCCUCAAAGAGAGGGAAAUAGUGAAGCAGAGUCCAUAAAAGAGGAACGUGACAAACUAGCAGAAGAGCUAAAGCAGUUGCGGCAGCAGUUGGCUCAGGUGGAGGAGGAAAACUGCUCUCUACAAGCAGAAAUGGCAAAGUUACAGGAAAGUCAGUCCUCUCAAGGGUUCUCAUUACCAAAGUUUCCUCUUCCGUAACAAAGUCGAGUGCUUCCAGUCAUGUUGUGAGUGGCAGUGAGGGGUUGAGCCUCUCCUUACACAUGAAGGCAUCAAUAGCCAUAUACCACAGAUGAGUAACAGUUUGUGAUAAAACAACCUCAUAAAAUGGCCAGUUUUCUUACUUAAGAAUGGGCAUUUAUAAUAUGUAGAAUUAUCAGCAUUUGUAGGAUAUUUUUAUUUAUCCUGUUUUGUGGGGUGGGGGAAGGAGGUACAUGGAAGUGCAAUAUUAUUUUCAGUACACAAAGAAAGCCACAGAUAGUGAAGUGACCCUUACGCGUGCAGGAGGUAGUUUCAGUAUUAAUUAUAUUAGUACAAACAAAUACUUAACUACCAAUGAUCAUGGCAGAGAUAAUUUUCUGCUCAUUCUUUUAUUAUUAUAUGGUGCUUUAUAGAGUAAAAGGACACAUGUAGUUACUCUGUAGUUCAUGGAUUUUGAAGGAUAAAUAUGAACACAUAGCUUAUAUGAGGUUUGCACACACACACACACACACACACACACACACACACACACACACACACACACACACACACACACUUUUAUGUACUCACACCAGUGCAACUGCAGUACAAUUUACCAAUAAUCAUAUUUACCUCCGCUGCCAUAUUUCCUAUACGUGUCGUGGGUGUGAUCAGAAACACAGUGUGGUGUGUAGAUCAGCAAUUCAUAUGUUGCUUCAU